GGCGGUGCACUUCCGGCUAACAAUCAUGGAGGCCUCGACGGAGCGAGUCCUGCGGUAUUUGGCAGAAGUGGAGGAAGCAGCAGAGGAUGUUCUGGCGGACAAACAGCAGAUUGUAGAUCUCGAUGUGAGAAGAAAUAGGAACAGAGAGGCUCUGAACGCACUGCGGAGAGACGCGGAAAUGAGUGACGAGGAUAAAAUCAAGGUGUGUUUUGGGAGCAUGUUCAUAAAGCUGCCCAAAAAGACAACCAGGCAGAUGAUCCAUAAAGACCAGGAGCAACUGGACAAGGAGAUAUGUGAUAUCCGAAAGCGUUUGAAAGUGAAGGUUAACCGCUUGAAUGAGCUACAGGGAAAGCCUGAAUUGAAAGGGUUCAACCUGUCCCCGCUCAGCAGAGACGAGAUGAAGGCCAUCAACCAGGUUCUAAAGAGAUGAGUUGGGCUGUGGCUUUUGGGCCACCGAUGGACCUGCUACAGAAAAGCUUGGUGACCUGAGAAGGGACUCAGAACCUUGAACAUCCUCGAAAUGGAGAUGCUGAACAUCUGUGGUCGCUUGAAUGGGAAUCAUCUCUUGCUGUGGUCUUGUUGGACUUCUGCGACCAAGGAAAGUGUGAUCGUUGCACUGCUUGUGGAAUAUGGACGGUUAAUUUGUAUUUUUUUGUUUUUAUUUUAUUUAUUGUAACAAAGUUCUGAAUGAACUACGUAUUUGAGAUAUGAAAGUUGGAGAGGCUUGUUUCCUUUACUUAUACUAGUGUUCCAGAGGUUGGAGUCAUGCAGCAUUUGUUAAAUUGAUGAUUUUUAUUCACCAAGGUAGCAAUAAUGGAUUAGAAAAGAUAGUCAAUACAUUGACAAUGUUAUAACAUUGUUUAUAUUUCAUAUAACUAUACAGUAAACCUUAAAUUCAUCAAAGAAUCCACGAUUGUGCUGGCCAGUCCAUCAAAGACCAUACAAGUACUGACCACCGCGGAUGGCAUGACAUUGUAAAAAAGAGUGAUAGCUUUCCUGAUUCAUUAUUCCUUGCACUCUGUGCAAAUUUCACACCUUAUCAGCUCCAAAGCAGCCCCAUAACAUUACACUUCCUCCACCAUGUUUGAUACAAGGCAUUAAGCACCCCUCUAGCAUCCUUUCAUUUGUUCUACAUCUCGCAUAUGUUCUCCUUGAAACACCUUAAACUUAGACUCACCUGUCCAUAAUACUCUUUUCCAAUCCUUCAGCUGUCCAAUGUCUGUGCCCUGUUUUAUUUGGCAGUUUCAAAUAUGGCUUUUUCUUUCACUCUGUCUUUAAGGCCAGUGUCCCGGAGUUGUUUUUUCACCUGAGAUGACAGUGAUGUGUAUAUUAUUUAAGGAAGCAGUUGACGGAGGACUUGUAAGGUGUCUGUUUCUUUAACACAGACUCUGAUGUAAUGCUCUUGUGCAGUUGUGCAUCUGGGCCUUCGAUGUCUUCUUCUAUCCUGGUUAGAUCCAGUUUGCCCUUUUCACUCAAAACAGUAGUGGAAACCUUUACAUGAACCCUUCAGUUUCUUAGCAAUCUGACGUUAGGCAGUAGUAGCCAUUCGCAACAUUAGUAAAGAUCUCUUGGCUAUAUUUUAAGAUCAAUUUAAUGGUAUCUUGAUAAAGUAUCAAUUCUUUCAAAAACAUGAACAUUUCUUGCUGAUUCCAAACUUUUGGAAUUCUAGUAAUCUGAAUUCAUAUCACAUAUUGGUAUCAGGUGGCACACUGGUGAAAUGUCAUAAACUUAAGAUUGCAGGUGAGAAAUGGUGCACGUAGAUUGUAAAGAAGUAAUAAUCCAUCUGUGGGUUUUAUGACACAGAGGGACUCGAGUUUUUUACCAGUUGUCUUUAGUGAAAAGUGGCACUACUUGUUUUCUUUACAUUUAGUUUAAUUUUAUAGGGUGGUACAGCAUGCGAACUUGGGUGUCAGUUUGACCCUGGUUCAGUCUCUAUGGAGUUUGCAUGUUCUCUCAGUGUUUGCCUGGGUUUCCUCUAGGUGCUCUGGUUUCCUCAUGCAGUCCAGAUGUUUCUUGCUCAUAAAUCAUGUUUUUUGUUCUGAGUCAAUAUUUUGGAUUACUUCUUAAUUUCAACUCUUCAAUUGUGUUUUUGACCAGAGGAGUAAUUCACAAGGCAACCGCUAGAUGGCGACGCGUCUUAACCAAUCACUGCAGUUGUUGAGCUUUUGUGCAGAGACUAAUUAAAGGCCAUUUGGGGUUUGAUAUUAGUUGUAUUUUCACAUAUGAACUUAGCUGCCCAUAGUCUUUAUAUACAUGUAGUAACAUUUGACAGCACUUGUUUAAUUAGAGUUACCCAAAAUGCAUUUUAUCCAAUGUAUGAUAUUUGAAAUGAAGUAGCUUCAAAUUUUUUAAGUGCACAUUUUGCUGAGUUUGUGAGUAUGCGUUUUGCGUUAAUCCUCUUCCAUCUUCACAUGAGACGCAUUUGCUCAAUUUCUGUGAACUAUGAAUAUUUACUGUUGCCUGGCUGGAGAACUGGCAGCCGCCCCCAUUGUGGGACUUGAAAGAAUAUUACAGUAAAAGUCGCUUAACAUUGUGAGUCGCUUUGGAGAAAAGUGUCAGCUAAAUGAAUAAAUAAAUAUAAGUGCAAGUGUGUAGGAGCUCAUUGCUGAGAUGAAUCAGGUUCUAUUG